CACAUCGUCGUGCUCUCAAUCACUGGCUUUCGGUUGAUUAGUCGUGAACUUCGCACAACCUGGACUUAAUUUUAUUCCCGUACCUUUACCAUGUAUUUUGUGGAUUUUAUGGAUUUACUACGCACGCUCUGACCUAAUUGCGUCACAAUGACGGACACAACUACCCAACACUCCAACUCCUCGCCUAAUUUCCAAAUUCCUUCAACCGGACGACUUGUUCGACGGAGCUCCCAAGACCUCGGUUUGCAAAUCACGAUCCACGAGGGACACGCUGCUUUUCUACAGAAUUACAUCCUAGGUGAUCGUUUUGGUGUGGGAGGCUUUGGUCACGUUCACCGUGCUCGCCGUUUAUCUGACAAUCGCGAGGUGGUUGUCAAAGAAAUCCGAUCGGAAAAAGUUCCUUGCUGGUGUCAGGUCGACUCCCAACUGAUGCCUAUUGAAGUGGUUCUUCUUAUGCUCUGUCAAGGCCUGCCUGGAGUUGUUCGAUUUCUGGAUGCAUUUAAUUUGGGUCAGUCUUGGGUACUUGUCAUGGAUCGAGUUUCUGAGUAUACAUGUGACAUGUUCGACUACAUCGGUGAACGGGGCACACUACCCGAAGAUGAAGCAGCGCACUACUUCCACCAGCUCGCCGGAAUUCUUUUGGCUUGUCAUCAGGCUGGGGUGCUGCAUCGAGAUAUAAAAGAUGAAAACAUUCUCAUCAACCGGGCUACAAAUGAGCUGGUGCUGAUUGACUUUGGAUCCGGAGCGUUCCUUGAAUCACGGCUCUACACAGAUUUUGAUGGUACACGUGUCUACUGCCCACCGGAAUGGAUUUUGCACAAUUCCUAUUACGGCAAGCAAGCUGAGGUGUGGUCACUCGGUGUUUUGCUCUAUGACAUGUUAUGUGGUGACAUCCCGUUCGUUAAUGAUAAAGGUAUAACUGGUGGCAAACUGCGAUAUCGGAAAACCAACAUUAGCCAAGCGGCAAAAGAUCUCAUCGGGAGUUGCCUGAGUAUGGAACCUGACAAGCGUCCAACUUUAAUGGAAAUCCUACAACAUCCAUGGAUGGCUCAUCACAGACCACAACGUCAUGAGACGCAACCCAAAUCACUGUUGAUUGCGUUGAAUGCAUUGGAAGAGGCGAACAACAUAAACUGCUUACGAGAACUUCCAUUAACUGCCUACUCCGCUCCCGUUGAGAGUUGUCCCUCAUCUCAACAGCCGUCUCCUGCAUCUUCCACGUUUCGGACUGGGAGUCCAUCUUUCAAUGCUGCCCCCAAUGUGCUGACCUCUUCUUGUUCGUCUAUUUCCUCGUCCCCUCAGUCAGCCUGCGAAUUGGAAUUCAUGGACGACGCAAGCAGAUAUACGUGCCCUGUGUUUGAUGUGCCUCUCGACUCCACCAAAUCCCCGAACGACAUUGGUGGGUCGUCGACCGUCAAUUCUCUUGCUGAUCCGAGCCAUGCUUCUACACCCAGACAACCAAUUGCCGACCAACAUUCUGGAGUUUCACAUAGAUCGUUUGGAUCUGACGGUUCUGUUAGCAUCACUGCCUCCAACACACUCCCUUCAAUUUCGGUCGCCAUGCAUCAUAUAGAUUAUGGCUGUUGGCCCGAUGUCAAUAAUGUUGAUUCACUGCACACCAGACUUUCGAGUAAUGCCUGUUUAUCACACAGUCACCGUAGCAGCGUCUCCGCACAUAUCGGGCAGCAACAAACCGCUCUUCCGCCUCUUCCGCGCAUACAUUCGAACGGGUCCGGUUCAAGUUCUGGUUACUAUUCCCGGUCGGAUUCACUAUCCUCCAAUGAGGGUAAACAUUUGGUCUCUGCCGUCAGUGUGAGCGGUUCCCGCACCUGUUCGACUGCAAGCCACGUGGCAUCUGUUAUGUCUGUCCCAAAUAUGACCACUACACGACUUCCGUGUACCACCACCUUGACGACUACCCAUUCAUUGUCCCGGCCGAUUCGUGAGCCAACCAUGCAUACACAUUGCUGGCGUUCCGGUAGCGCAAGUACCGGAUCAACUUCCAGUUCAGUUUCUUCAAACUCUUCUUGUUGUUCGGACAAAGGUAAUUUGUACGAUUCCCCGCUACCCCAUUCUGCUCCGUCCUCAGCCACCACCAUCCUGCAACAAUGCAACGUUCCUCCAUUCCUCACCACUGACUGCAGAAUUGAAAAUAAUGAUAACUCCACCAACAAUGUGGUGGCUCCUUGGCAGGUCCUAUUCAGCUGUCGUAAGAACGGGACACAAAGCCAUUGUCUGAGUUCGACAUCGACAAAAUCCAGCACAACCAACUCCACGCCGGUCUACCCAACUGUCUCGGCGAACUCCACAUCCCAGUCGGCGAUCUCAUCGAACUCGGAGGCUAUGGGACGGUUUUGUCAGUUGUUCUCAUCAUCACCCACCAGCACUCACAACAAACUCCGUUCUCCCCACAUCCCCUUCCCUCCCACCAAUUGGUUUCUAGGCCAUAGCUCCAGACCAAGCCACAUCUGGAGACCUUCCUGAUAUUUUAUUGCUAUUUGUGUUUUCACCCAGAUUUAUUGUCUUUUUGUAUAGCAACCCUGUCAUGUUGCACUUAGGCAAGUCGUUGUGAUGACGCCACGUGCUCCAACUUUUUCUCCGCCUUUUUACCCGACCACCUCAAUGGCCGCUACCUGUUCUACCCCAUGCUUACUUAUUUCUUUUAUCUAUCUACCUCAUUCCGUGCGUCAAGCACUCCUCAACACCCAAAAUGAAUUCGAACUGAAGACUAUACACUGUUGGCCUUCUUUCUACAUCGAUUGCAUCGGUGCUGAUCUACACAUCCCACGCACAAAAUAAGUCAAGGGUGUGUGCACGGGCAAGCACGCUUCCAUUUGUAAAUACAUAAUUUCAUCUUGAUUCCAUUGAGUUCUUACAAUAUCUUUUGAAAAAAUACUCUGAUGCUCAUGACCGUGGGAACACAACCUAGUUCCGACCCCGUCCUCUCCUCGGCCCCAGCAAUACCUGCUACCGACAGUGCAGACGCACACGUGACAGACAGCACUCCGAUGGACUCGGCCUUUUGAAAUACCACUAUACACCAAUCGGGUGACCGUUACAUUCGUUCUGUCUUGUACAAGAACCACUUUUGGUGCAAAGUAGAUUUUACCUGCUCAACCUGACGAGUUCAUUUUCUGCUCAAUUAUGAUGCACUUCCUUCCCAGUUUAUUUCUUGGAACCUGAUAGCUAUGUUUCUACUUUACUUUAUGGGCAGUGAGAUUACAAAUGUGUUUAUUGUUUAUACUUUGAAAUUUCCUCUGUUUUAUACUAUUGUGUGUUCCAUGUCCCCUUAUUCUUCUUCUAUGGUUCUAUGGAGUGCUCACUUGUCCUUAUGUCUGACGUGUACCCCACCCCACCUUCCCUACACUGGAUCCGGUUUUGUAUGCGUCCCACUGACCCAUCUCUCUUCACAAGACACCUGUAUACGAAUUGUUGCUCACAAUGCUUGGUUGUUGAUCACGCGGGUUGGGAUUUUUUUAUUUGAUUUGAACAUUUGUGUUCAUUUGCUAUUAUACUCCCCCUCCCUGUCCCAACUACACACGCACAUGUGACCCACACUGACUUUCCUGUCUGCUCUCCAGUUUUGUUGACAUUGGUCUCUGUAGUUUUUCCAGUCACCGCAACAGGGCGUCAAUCCUUC